GCCUGUGUAUACAGUAAUAAUUAGGGGUGUGAAUAAUUAUGAUGAUGUAUUUUAGUUAUACUGUAUGAUUUUUUUGUAAUGCUAUUUCUAUAAAUGUAUGUAAUUCCCUGAUUCUUUGAGUUCACGAUCUGUUACCUGUUGUGUUUAUUUUACGCAGCUGAUCUUUAUGUUUAUUAAAUUGAAUUUCUAUCACUUCAACUGGAAACAAAGGCUCAAUGCCUCAUGGACACUGCUCAUUCUGACAUUAUUUAAUGUGUUUUAUUGGGAACGGGAGAAAUGGGAGAUUGUGGUUGGUGGCGUCCCAUAACAUGUCAGCAGAAACCAGUGUGGUUGUGGCUAUUGGACAUGCUGUAGUAGAAUUCAUCCAUGGGGAUUACCUGGCUCCACUGAUGGCUUCAGAGAGAAAAGUAAACCCAGAGUUUAAUUGGAUGCAUGCACACAGCAUUGGAAAAGUCACAUGUGCAUGAUAUAUCCAAUUACAAAUCAUGUCCUCUUUAUUUACACCAACCUUUCUCUGCAAUAAAAACACAUUAGGUACACAUUUCUAAUAUGAAAUGAUGUAUCAUACAUUUUAAUUUUCAGACCAGAACCUGUUGGCCUUUAAGAGUGAACUCCUGUUAAAUGAUAAAAAAAAAAAAUUUCAUUUCCUCUUUUUUGAUGUGCACUGUUUGCAAGAAUUUUAAGAUCCACACAAGGACAGGAAAUGUGACCAAAUGGCAUUCAAUGACAAAACGUUUUCUGUAGAAGCCACAACCGCACAAAGCUCACCCAAAACUGGAUGUUCUGGUUGCACAUUUGUUGGAGAGCUGACCAUGGAAACCAUGCUGGUCUGUGUCUGGCUGGUCAGCAGUCUGAUUCACACGAUCUCAGGAUGUUCUCUAUCUGCACCCGAAGGAGUCACUGGGCACACAGGAGGCUCUGUGCUCCUGCCCUGCUUCUGCCCUGAUGGAGGGACAAUACGGGGAUCUCCCAGAUGGCUUUUUUUUCCAAGUUCUUCUGUUAUCACAGUUUGGUCGCCUAAUGAAGUGCACAACCUCUACAAAGACCGGGUCUCAAUUUCUGACUUCCCUGGAAACAUGUCUCUCCAUCUCUCAGAUCUCACUCUGUCAGAUGGGGGAACAUACAGGUGUCGUAGAGAUGGACACUACAGAGACAUCAGACUCACAGUGAAAGGGUGUGUUUUCUCUGAUUCUGGAUCCAUACCCAUCACUGGAUUCACAGGACACUCAGUGGUUCUGCCCUGUGCCUGUACUGAUGUGCAGAAGAAACCUGAACAGAUCAAAUGGACUGCAUUUCUAGGAAACCAAAACACUGUUAUAUUUCCACAAGAUCCUACCAGUGGCAAUGAUCGCAACAAACACAGAGUGCAGCUGUUGGACUCUGUCUCCCCUGGAAACCUGUCUCUCCGUCUCUCAGAUCUCACUCUGUCAGAUGGGGGAACAUACAGGUGUAGUGCAGAUGGACUCUACAGAGACAUCAGACUCACAGUGAAAGGGUGUGUUUUCUCUGAUUCUGGACCCAUACCCAUCACUGGAUUCACAGGACACUCAGUGGUUCUGCCCUGUGCCUGUACUGAUGUGCAGGUCAAACCUAAACAGAUCAAAUGGACUGCAUUUCGAGGAAACCAAAACACUGUUAUAUUUCCACUAGAUCCUACCAGUGCCAAUGAUCGCUACAAAAACAGAGUGCAGCUGUUGGACUCUGUUUCCUCUGGAAACCUGUCUCUCCGUCUCUCAGAUCUCACUCUGUCAGAUGGGGGAACAUACAGGUGUAGUGCAGAUGGACUCUACAGAGACAUCAGACUCACAGUGAAAGAAUCUGAGAAAGUGCCUAAAACCAAUGUGCCUAAAAAACAACCACCAACCAAGACUACAACUAAAGCAGCAUCCUCACAUGAAAAGAAGAUCCCCGCUGGAAAGGAGGAGGCCACUGAAGAUCAGAACAACACCUUGUUUGUGGCCAUUGCUGUUGUUGCUGUGGUCACAUUGUUCACAGUGUGUGGGGCUGUGUUUUACUGCAGAGUUAGAGGCAGGGAAAGUGCACAUGUUGAGUCUAGAGGGCCAAACGAGAAGAGGGCCAAGGAGCAGGAGGAGGACCCUGAUUCAGUGACGUAUUCUACCGUCAUCCACAGAGAAAAAGACAAAAACACAAAGAGCCAAAAUCAAACUCCUGCUGAAGAUUCUACAGAAUAUGCUGCAAUUAAAUUUCAUACUUAAUUUAAUGAAUGGCAUAGUCAUGGAAAUAUACACACAUACACACACACACACACACACCAUGGAUAGGUACACACGGACAUCGGUAGUAAAUAGGUUUGCCGCAAAAAGAUACUUUUUUGUGAAACCACUCCUUACUGUUGUGUAAACCAUGCAGCGUUUGUGAAUUGUGUCAGACGCACAUGGGUCUGGGGAUAUAGAGUAAUUUUACAUUCAGCUUUUUAUUUUUGAUUAAGCACAGCUAGUGAACCCACGUAUGAUGCUCAGCAGUUCAGCCUGUGUUUAGGAGGCCCGUGGAUACAGAAAUAAUUAGGGGUGGUAAUAAUUAUGAUACCGUAUUUUAGUUAUACUGUAUGAUUUUUUUGUAAUGCUAUUUCUAUAAAUGCGUGUAAUUCCCUGCUUCUUUGAGUAUUCGAUCCAUUACGUGUUGUGUUUAUUUUAUACAGUUAAUCUUUAUGUUUAUUUUAUUUAAUUUGUAUUACUUCAACUGGAAACAUUCUGGCAUUAUUUCAUGUGUUUUAUUGGGAACGGGAGAAAUGGGAGAUUGUGGUUGGUGGCUUCAUAUUUCAUGUCAGCAGAAACCAGUCUGGUUGUGGCUAUUGGACACGCUGGAGUUGAAUGUAUUCAUGGGGAU